AUGAAUCCUACCUUCCGAUCCCCUAACUCGCCUGAGCGUCAAGUACCUCCUGCCCCUCGCUACCCCCGAUCUCCCUCUGAUGACGAAGUGGAAGACGAUUCCGAUGAAGACGAAUUGGUUCGCCCUGGAUCCUCCGAUAGUGACGCCUCUUCUAAUGUGACCACCGUUUCUGCCGCUCCUAUCACUCCGAUCAAUACUCAACUCCCUCCCGGGAGUUACUUCCCUCCACAACCACGCUCGGCCACCUCACCUCAUCGCCCCAUGCCGAAUCCAACAGGGCGAAAGCCCUCCAGCCGGGGUCCCUCUCUCGAGUUACCCCGGCAUCGAUCACGGCAUCACUCGCAGGGGUUCUUUGAGCCUUCCUUGCCGACCACCUCCUCCGACCAGGUCCCUACCGUGUCAGCCUCCCGUAUCGCCGCCCAGGCAGCUAUGCAGCAGACAAAAAGGCAAAAUGCUAUAACCCAGAUAGAGGAUGGAUCUCGUCCCAGACGCAGUGGAAGCGGAAGCGUCUCGCCUCCUCCCGUGCCUGCUCCAUUGCGUGUCAAUCAACCCUCCCCCCAACCGCCUCCGUCACUAGGGAACGUGGCCACGACAGCUGCAAAUGUGGUCUUCCCGCGAGCUGGUGCUCCACCGGUGGAACAACAGCCCGAGAAACAAAAGAAGAAGAAGCUAUUCUCGAAGCCAAAACACAUCGGAAUCAGCAGUCAUAAGGAUCUGGGCAAGGACCGUGGUCUUCCCUCCCCAAGCAAGAUCAGUGGGUUAUCGCGUAUGGUCAGCAGCUCGACUACAAACCUGAACGACUUGUCCUCGAACAACUCGUCAAUGUACAAUCUGUCUAAUGCCUCCGUGAGCACAGUUGUCCCCGCAGAUCGCCCAUCGCUUCCAGAGAAGGAAAAGGAUAAGGACAAAGACAAGCACAAGCAUCAUUUCCUAUCGAGGCAGAAGCUCAAAUUAAAAGACCGCGUCGAUGACCACUUCAACCUCCCUCUAUCAUCGGCUUCGAGUAACUCUCGUCCGGCAGACCCCAAUGCGCCACAAUCUUUAUAUUCCUUUACACCUGCGUCUCCGGCUCCUGGAGCGACCUUUGGCAAGUCAGUCAGUGGGCUGGAUCUCCUGCAUGGUGGUCGAGCACUACGCGAGAAGAAAAAGGAAGAGAAGGCGCUGGCUGAGUCAGAGCAGAUGGAAUGGCUGGCCAAUAAUGCUGGCGGACCCACGACACCCGGUGGCUUCCCAGGCCCGUCUUCAGUUGGUAGUUCAGGGACAUUCCCUGAGUCUAUGCUCCGGGAGACCUUACAAGGGUUCGGGUUGAAUAACAUGACCCCAGAGGAUGCGUGGGACUUUCUUAAGGCGAAGUUGCUGGUCAUCUUCGACGGUGAAGACGUGCGCAUUGCCAUUGAAGAUCUCAAUAAGCUGGUGCUCGUUCAUUUGCAGCGUUGUGUGGUUAAGAGGGCUCCUGCGUCGAUUGUGAUAGACCUGCAAGAACUCCUACACACUGGAUUUGCGACUUUGAAUCACAGUUCGCUAGUUGGCCUCCCAGAUGAAAAGCUGGUCCCGCAUCUGGUUCAAGUUUGGCUUCUGGUGUUUGGCACGAUUCUACCCUUCAUCCAGGCUGUUUUUCUCCCCUUGGAUCUCGAGUUCAAGGGCUGUGGAUCCUUGAUGACUAGCCGAGAAGCCGGUGAAUUUUGGGGUGCACUGCCUGUUGGCGGGACACUAGAUGUGCGGAGUCUAGUCUUGAUUGCCUUCCGUGACUGCAUCAUCAUGAAUCGCUACGAUGCCCUCAAAGCAACCUUCUCCCGGCUCAGCCUAGACUCCAUUAACUCCGGAUUCCCAAUGCUUAGCGUCACAGCCAAGAGUACCGGCACUGGAGGCCGUCCUGGCACUGCAGCCUCGCUCGAUGCCGGCUUAGGUAGCUUCAACUCGCAGUCAUCCACGCUUCUCAGCACUAUCGCUGACAGUUGCUCAUCCGACGGCGUGAGCUCCCUGGCCAACCACCCACGUCCAACAAGCAGUGACUCUCGGAGUCGGGCUACCUCGAACACAUCUUCCAACGUGGACCCACUCUUCUUCCAGUCCAUUGCAUCGCCACCAACCUCCAACAACCGGCCUACCAUUAUCUACCGUGGCACAUCUACCGACUCAUCCCAUGUCAUCACAGAGACUGUCGGCCGCAUGCUGCAAUGUAUCAGCGUCCUGGCCAGCGUACAAACGGACGAUUCUGCCCAGGAGCGGAUCGAUAUUCUUAGCAAAUCUCUGAAACACAACUGGCUCGGCCGAGGCCGCACAGGCCGUGAUCGUCGUGGCUUUGUUGGUGCCAAGAUCCGACCUGUGAUGGUCGGCGGUCCCCCUGCUAUCGAUGAUGCAGAGUCACUCACUACGGCUGGUAUCAGCAUCGGUGCUAGUACUAGCACAGGUGGAUCCCGAGGUCGAGGUGACUCGUCCUCGUCAGAAUGGAGUUCUAAUGUUCCAGGGCCUAACGUGAGACGAGAACUGAGUGUUCUCUAG